CGUUUCCAACAUGGCGGCGCCCAGGCGCGCCGGUCGCACGUGAGAAAGAGUUUGGACACCUGGGGAUCCGAGAGCGCAAGUGUGUCAACGAGUUUCCCCUCGUUCCCUUCUGUUGCAUCCCUCCGACCUCUCCCCGGGCCCUCGUGGGCCGCCGCCGCCCCGCCGCCAUGAAGCCAAAGCCGGUUUCCCACAAGACGGAGAACACACACCGGUUUCUAACAUUUGCUGAACGGUUGGGGAAUGUGAAUAUCGAUAUUAUUCACCGGAUUGACAGAACUGCGAGCUAUGAUGAGGAGGUUGAAACCUACUUUUUUGAAGGUUUGCUGAAAUGGAGAGAAUUGAACCUUACGGAACACUUUGGGAAAUUUUACAAAGAAGUUAUUGACAAAUGUCAAUCAUUCAAUCAGCUGGUCUAUCAUCAAAACGAGAUAGUUCAGAGUUUGAAGACUCACCUGAUCAAGAACAACAGUUUUGCUUAUCAACCCCUUUUGGAUUUGGUUGUACAGCUGGCACGAGAUCUGCAGACAGACUUCUAUCCACAUUUUCGGGAUUUUUUUCUGACUGUCACCUCAAUCCUGGAGACUCAGGACACUGAGUUGUUAGAAUGGGCUUUCACCUCGCUGUCGUACCUGUACAAGUACCUGUGGAGGCUCAUGGUGAAGGACAUGCCCAAUAUAUACAGAAUGUAUAGUACACUCCUGGCUCAUAAAAAACUACAUAUAAGAAAUUUUGCUGCUGAAAGCUUUACUUUUUUGAUGAGAAAGGUUUCUGAUAAAAACUCACUUUUCAAUUUAAUGUUUCUUGAUCUUGAUGAACAUCCGGAAAAGGUAGAAGGAGUUGGACAGUUGCUCUUUGAAAUGUGCAAAGGAGUAAGAAAUAUGUUUCACUCCUGUACAGGAAAGGCAGUGAAGCUAAUUUUGCAAAAGCUAGGACCAGUUACUGAAACAGAAACUCAACUGCCAUGGAUUUUAGUUGGAGAAGCACUAAAAAACAUGGCCAAAUCCACUGCUUUCUACAUCUACAAGGAACAUUUUGGUAUAUUUUUUGAAUGUUUGCAAGAGUCACUCCUGGAUCUACAUACAAAAGUAACCCAAACUAACUGUGGUGAAAGCUCUGAACAGAUUAAAAGGUUGUUAGAAACAUAUCUGAUACUUGUAAAACAUGGGAAUGGAUCAAAGAUAACCAAGCCUAUUGAUGUUUGUAAAGUAUUGUCUCAAACAUUACAAAUAGCCCAUCUCUCCACAUCUUGCCGGGAGACCCUCUUGGAUGUCAUUUCUGCUCUGAUCCUAGGCGAAAAUGUUGCCUUGCCAGAGACCCUCAUCAAAGAAACUAUAGAAAAAACUUUUGAGAGCCAAUUUGAAAGACGUUUAAUUUUGGAUUUUUCUGAAGUCAUGUUUGCUAUGAAGCAAUUUGAGCAGCUUUUUCUACCCAGCUUUCUCUUAUAUAUUGAGAAUUGCUUCUUGAUUGAUGACACUGCAGUCAAAGAUGAAGCUCUGGCCAUUUUGGCCAAGCUUAUUCUGAACAAAGCUGCACCACCCACUGCUAGCUCGAUGGCAAUUGAGAGGUACCCUCUGGUUUUCUCACCACAGACAGCAGAAUCCUAUGUAAGGCUGAGGAAGACCAGAUCCAAGGGAGGAAAGGAACAGAUCCCAGUAUUGGACCGUCUUCUAUCUAUAAUUCAGUUACCACCAAAUAACGAUACUACUUUCCUCUCAUGUGCUUGGGCAGCCCUUGUCGUGUUACCUCAUAUUAGACCCCUUGAGAAAGAGAAGGUGAUACCACUAGUCACAUGCUGCAUAGAGUCACUCUUCAUGACGGUUGACAGAGGGAGCUUUGGGAAAGGAAACUUGUUUGUUCUUUGUCAAGCUGUAAGUACUCUGCUGAGUUUGGAAGAAUCUUCUGAGCUUCUUCAUUUGGUUCCCGUGGAACGUGUGAAGAAUUUAGUAUUAAUGUUUCCUUUGGAGCCAUCUGUGUUGCUGUUGGCUGAUCUCUAUUAUCAGAGAUUAUCCUUAUGUGGCUGCAAAGGGCCACUUUCUGAAGAAGCUUUAAUGGAAUUAUUUCCCAAGUUACAAGCAAACAUUUCAACUGGUAUAUCCAAGAUUCGGCUUUUGACAAUAAGGAUCCUAAACCACUUUGAGGUUCGACUUCCGGAACUAAUGGAGGAUGACGGGCUCUCGGAGCGGCAGUCCGCCUUCGCUGUGCUGCGCCAGGCAGAACUCGUCCCCGCGACUGUGAACGAUUACAGAGAGAAGCUCCUCCACUUGAGGAAGCUAAGACAUGAUGUGGUGCAGACCGCAGUCCCUGACGGGCCGUUACAGGAGGUGCCGCUUCGUUAUUUAUUAGGCAUGUUGUAUGUUAACUUCAGUGCUCUUUGGGAUCCUGUUAUUGAACUCAUAAGCUCUCAUGCACAUGAAAUGGAAAAUAAGAAAUUUUGGAACGUCUACUAUGAACAUCUAGAAAAAGCAGCUACCCAUGCUGAGAAAGAACUGCAAAAUGAUGUAAGAGAUGAGGAGAAGUUCAUAGGAGAUGAAAGUUGGGAGCAGACUCAAGAAGGAGAUGUCGGAGCGCUUUAUCUUGAGCAGUUAGCAUUGAAAACCAACUGUCAGGAAAGACUGGACCAUACCAAUUUCCGAUUCCUGCUGUGGCGAGCUCUGGCAAAAUUCCCAGAAAGGGUAGAGCCACGGUCCAGGGAGCUUUCCCCGCUUUUCUUGAGAUUCAUCAACAACGAGUAUUACCCAGCAGAUCUGCAGGUCGCUCCAACCCAGGAUCUGAGAAGAAAAAGCAAAGGAGUGGCAGCGGAGGAAACAGAAGAACCUGCUGCUGGAGACGAUGAAGAGUUGGUGGAAGAGGACGUGUCCCAAGAUGAACCCUCACAGAAGAAAACGACAAGAAGAGCUGCAACCAAGCAAUUAAUCGCUCAUUUGCAAGUUUUCUCUAAGUUUUCGAAUCCACGGGCCUUGUAUCUGGAAUCCAAAUUAUAUGAGCUCUAUCUUCAGUUGUUGCUCCAUCAAGAUCAGAUGGUACAAAAAAUAACCCUGGAUUGCAUAAUGACGUAUAAACAUCCACAUAUUCUCCCUUACAGGGAAAAUUUACAGAGAUUGCUUGAAGACAGAAGCUUUAAGGAAGAGAUAGUGCAUUUUAGCAUUUCAGAAGAUAAUACAGUAGUGAAAACAGCCCACCGAGCAGAUCUGUUUGCUGUUCUGAUGAGGAUUUUGUAUGGGCGAAUGAAGAAUAAGACUGGGAGUAAAACUCAGGGGAAAUCUGCGUCAGGCACCCGCAUGGCCAUUGUUCUGAGGUUCCUGGCUGGGACCCAACCAGAGGAGAUCCAGAUAUUCUUGGACCUACUGUUUGAACCUGUGAAGCACUUCAAGAAUGGAGAAUGCCAUUCUGCAGUUAUCCAGGCAGUGAAAGAUUUGGAUUUGUCUAAAGUUCUUCCUGUAGGUCGCCAGCAUGGUAUCUUAAAUAGCCUUGAAAUAGUAUUGAAGAACAUUAGCCAUCUGAUCAGUCCAUACCUACCAAAGAUCUUGCAGAUACUGCUCUGUAUGACAGCGACUGUGUCACACAUCCUUGACCAACGAGAAAAGAUACAGCUGAGGUUUAUCAACCCCCUGAAAAAUUUAAGACGUCUUGGAAUCAAAAUGGUAACUGAUAUCUUUUUGGAUUGGGAGUCCUAUCAGUUUGGAACAGAAGAAAUUGAUGCUGUAUUUCAUGGUGCAGUUUGGCCCCAGAUCAGCAGGCUUGGAACUGAGAGUCAGUAUUCUCCUACUCCUCUGCUGAAACUAAUUAGUAUCUGGAGCAGAAAUGCAAGAUACUUCCCUUUUCUGGCUAAACAGAAACCAGGGCACCCAGAAUGUGACAUCCUGGUCAAUGUUUUUGCGAUUCUCUCAGCAAAGAAUCUCUCUGAAGCCACAGCCAGUAUUGUGAUGGACAUAGUCGACGACCUUCUCACCCUUCCUGAUUUUGAACCCACAGAAACAGUCUCGAGCUUGCCCGUGACUGGAUGCGUGUACACAGAAAGUGCAGACGAGUCUAUCACAAUAGGAGGACGAUUAAUUCUACCUCAUGUACCUGCAAUUCUCCAGUAUCUCAGCAAAACCACAAUAAGUACAGAAAAGGUGAAAAAGAAAAAGAACAGGGCACAAGUCAGUAAGGAACUUGGCAUUCUUUCCAAGAUCAGCAAGUUUAUGAAAGACAAAGAACAGAGUUCUCUCCUCAUUACACUCCUGCUUCCCUUCCUCCACCGUGGCAAUAUUCCUCAGGAUACGGAAAUCGAUAUUCUGGUGACAGUGCAGAACCUGUUAAAACACUGUCUGGAGCCCACGAGCUUCCUCAAGCCUCUGGCAAAACUCUUCUCGGUGAUUAAGAACAAGCAGUCGAGACAGCUGCUUUGUACAAUUUUCCAGACUCUUUCUGAUUUUGAGAGCAGGUUAAAAUAUAUUACUGAUGUUGUCAAGCUUAACGCCUUUGAUCAAAGACAUCUUGAUGAUAUCAACUUUGAUGCUCGCUUCUCAGCAUUCCAGACCAUCACCUCUCAUAUUAAAGAGAUGCAAACCGUGGACAUUAACUACCUAAUUCCAGUUAUGCAUAAUUGCUUCUAUAAUUUGGAGUUAGGAGACAUGUCUUUAAGUGAUAACGCCAGCAUGUGCUUGAUGAGCAUCAUCAAAAAGCUAGCUGCCUUGAAUGCCACGGAGAAGGAAUAUAGAGAAAUCAUUCAUCGUUCACUCCUGGAGAAACUGAGGAAAGGAUUGAGGAGCCAGACAGAGAGUGUUCAACAGGAUUAUACCACACUGCUUUCCUGUUUAAUUCAAACCUUUCCCCAUCAACCAGAAUUUAAAGAUUUGGUACAGCUUACUGAUUGCCAUGACCCGGAAAUGGACUUCUUUGAGAAUAUGAAGCACAUUCAGAUCCAUAGGAGAGCAAGAGCCUUGAAGAAACUGGCAAAACAACUAACAGAAGGCAAGAUUGUGCUGUCUUCUAAAUCUCUUCAAAAUUACAUCAUGCCUUAUGCCAUGAGUCCAAUUUUUGAUGAGAAAAUGCUCAAGCAUGAAAAUAUAACCAUUGCUGCCACAGAGAUUAUUGGAGCUAUUUGCAGACAUCUGUCUUGGUCAGCCUAUUUAUAUUACUUGAAACAUUUCAUUCAUGUCUUACAGACAGGACAGAUCAAUCAAAAAUUGGGUGUCAGCUUGCUAGUAAUAGUAUUAGAAGCAUUUCACUUUGACCACAAAACUCUUGAAGAACAAAUGAGAAAAAUUCAGAAUGAAGAAAAUAUGGACACAACAGAAGCGACUGAGUUGCCAGAGCCUGAAGCCAUGGAAUUAGAGCCAAUGGAUGAAGAAGAGAUGGAAAAGAGAUGUAAGAGUUUGUCAGAUGGCAACGAAGACGUAGGAAACCCUGACCCAGCUGAUUGUGAGGAAACAUCAGCUAAGGAAACCGAGUGUGUCACCAAGUCCUUCUCUUCCCUUCCUCGGAAUAAGGAAGAAUUGGAGAGAACAAUUAAGAAUAUUCAAGGAGCCAUAACAGGGGAUAUCCUUCCCAGGCUCCAUAAAUGCCUGGCAUCUACGACUAAACGGGAAGAAGAACACAAACUCAUAAAGUCCAAGGUUGUGAAUGAUGAAGAAGUGGUUCGAGUUCCUUUAGCUUUUGCCAUGGUUAAACUAAUGCAGUCCCUUCCACCAGAAGUUAUGGAAACUAACCUCCCAAGGUAUGUUGUGUGA